AUGGUGGCCUCUUCCUCGGGUUUUACAGAAUGUGUCAAAUUCCUUUUAGAUUUGAAAGUACCUAUGGAUGAGACCAACGUCGAUGGUAAUACUGCGUUACAUUUUUGCACUUCAUUUAGGCAUAUAGAAUCUUUGUCGAUGCUAUUGCAGAAUAAAGCCAACCACAGCAUAACCAAUGCCAAUGGGGAUACUCCAAUAAUGCUUGCAUCUGCGAAAGGAUAUGAAGAAAUAGUGAAUGCAUUGCUAAGUUGUCCAGAUUUUAAAAUAAAUCAAUGCAAUUCAAAUGACGGCAGAUCUUCCCUAAUGAUAGCUUCGCAAUUUAACCAGGUAUCAAUAGUACAGCUUUUAUUAAAAGCCGGAGCUAAUGUUAACGCUAAGUCAAAGUUAGGGGAUACAGCUCUUCAUCUUAGUAUAGCCAACGGUUGUAUAGAAGUAAUAAAGAUUCUCCAUACUUAUCAAGGCAUCGAUUUGAGUGCAGAGAACGAUGCCGGAUUUACGCCGCUAUUUCUGUGCAUCGCGCGCCAGCGGUACGAGAUUCUCAAAAUGCUUUGUGAUUCUGGUAUCGAUGCCAAGAAAAACAAUAAAAAUGGGGACAACGCCAUAACGUUCAGCAUCAAGCAUUAUUCACUAGAGGCUUUACAAAUCAUUUUACAAAAAUGUCAACUUUUUUCGAAGGAAAAGGACGACUACAUUGCCCUAGCAAGACGUCUUAGUGCUGGUCAUAUUGUAAGCUUUCUUCAGCAAUAUGAACCAACAGAAAAAACUGCAGCAGAGAACAUUCAUAGCUCACAAUGUUUACAACUACCAACCAAAAACCAGGCUCUACCAGAGGACGUAUCUACCACCAAUACUAGUGUUAGUUUUGCUGAAGACCAAAGGUGUAUGUCCGGAUCAACAGAAAACCAGACAACUAGCUCAGAUCCACCAUGUCCAGCAAUAGACAAAUCAUUUAACUUAGAAAUUGACAGUUCCAAGGACAAACCUUUGUGUUUUAACUUGAACGGAGAUUGUCGAGGAGCAACCAAGAACUGUAUUGUCGGGAAGCAGAACUCAUUAACUGAUCAGAAAACUGUAAAGGAGUAAAAUAAUCGAUAAGAGAGGAAUGUCAGUCCUACUUCAAAAUAAUUACAAGAGGCACGCAGGUUACUUAAACAACUUACGUAUUCUAUACUUUAUGUCAAUGCAUGUAUACAUACAUAGGAUGCUAUUAUUCCAAGAAAUAAUUAGAGGACCCAAUUAACUUUUUGACAAUUUGGAUUAGAGUUAUGCGACUUCUUGGCCAUUAAGCAGCAUAUUGUUUUUAAAGUUGUAUGAAUAGCCCAAAAGAAGUAUUAAGAUGUUUACAUUGAAAAGUGUUCGUUACAGUUGGAUUUGAAAAUGUAAAUUUGCAGUUCAUUAUAUUAGUUUUUUUCUUACAACUUGCGGAGGUUUGGGGGGGGGGGGGUGAACAAAGAAAAAGUUCUUAAGAAAACUAUAAAUUAUGUAAAUUUAGUAUUGGGGAAUUUCUAGAUAAAGUAAAUAAACUAAAUAAAAAAAAAGAAUUUAGCUAUAAUUUGAACAUGAACUGCUUGGCAGUGGAUUUUCGUAUUUUUAACUAUGUUGAAAGUCACAGAGUCCAAUGCUUCCUCCAUAAUAAAAUUAUUUAGUUCUAAACAACGGAAGAACCUAAAAACUUUGUUUCUGCAGUGCUUUAAAGUGCAAGACAAUUAUUAUACACUUUUUAAAAACCUAGCUUAUCAAGACUUCCUUUAAAUUGUACACCGGAUACACCAAAUAGCUAGCUAUUUAUAGUUUUUCCCCGCCAUGUAUGAAAAUCCACAGUGUGUAAUAGUCGUCCUCUAGCGGCUCCCGGAAGGGGAAUAUUCGCUAUUAGUUUUGUGUGGUCUGUCCAUCAGUUCGUCCGUCCCAAAUCUCAAAAAGAUAGAAGAUAUAGAAAAUCCGAUAUUAUAUUUUAGAUCUUUCAAAGUUGUGAUACUUUUUUCUUUUUAAAAGGCGAAAAGUUGUAGGUUUAAACUUAAUUCAGUAAGCACUAUUCACAAUUAAUAUUGAUUAUUAAUAGCAAAAACACGGGAAGCUAUACUAGUAUGGAAGGUGAUUUUUCAGUAUAUUUUGAAUACAUUUAUGCAAAAUUUUGUUUGUGUGUGUAAACAAAAAAUGUAAAAAAAAAAUUAUAUAAUUUUAAUUGAGUAUUUUUAUUAUACAAACUACCUUAAAACAAAUUAAGUUUCAGUUAGGCCAGGUUCACAUUGAACCAUACCUUCAAAAUUAUCAGUUCAUUGAAUACAUAUGCAUAUCAACAAUGUAAUAACAUUUAUGAAUCUCCGUAAUCUUGUGGUAUGAGAUCGUUAGAGUCUUAAACGAACUAUCAAUACAACAGUAUCCGCAACACUUUCGACAUUAAAACGUCUUUUCUUUAUCGGUGGAGAUAGGGUUGUGUUUUUUUUUUUUUAGCUUGUAGUUCAUAGUUUCAGAUGUUUAUGCUGAAAAUAUUGAAACCUGCAUUUUUUACCUACUUUAAUGGACCACUUCGGGGGCCGAUUGUGAGUCUAUGUUUCCAAACAACUUCUCUUUGUAACGUUUCAUAAGACAUGUUCAUUCUGUAGGUACACCAUUUAACUUAUUGUGCAAAUGAUAAAGAAAAAAAAGGGGAGGGAGGGGAGGUGGAAAAGAUACAAUCUUUUGAUUUGGUGCGCGUUGUUUACUUUCUAUGUCCAAGCAUAAAUAAGUUAAUAAGUUCUAAAGACAUCCACAUAUCACGGCAAUAAUCUUAUUUUGACAAUUACAGAUGUUCCAUCAAAAGAGAAGAUAAUUACAUCCUACGAGUACCCAUUCGAGACCGUUCGUUAUCGAUCCAUUUGUUAAAUUAGUCAUGCAUGUUAGAGUCUGUUAAGUCAUUGGCUUUCCAGGCUGUGCCAGGCGAGACCAAUCGUUAUGGGAAUCGCACAGCCCCGUGACGUGACCACGAGCUAUUGGUCUAAACUGCCUACAUCAUACUAUUUUAGACCUUUCAAAGCUCUGAUGCAGCGGCUACUUUUUUCUUUUCUGAAAGCGAAAAAUUUCUUUUUUAAAAUCGUGUAUGCAAGCAGUUUUUUGAUAAAUAUACACCAUUUUUACAACUUUUCACAAUGAAUAAUACCAGUAACAAAGAAAGGAAGGUAUUUAGUAAGUGAGAUUUAUGCAAAUGGUUUUCGAUUAUUUGUAAAAAAGAAAAUACAUUUUACAAUUAUAUUGCUAAGUUAAGUAGUUCUGUCAUACUAACUACUACAUUUACAAACAAUUUUGUUACUUUUUUUUAAGAGAAAAAAUCUAUUUAGUAUGCAUAUAAGUGGAACGUAAUUUAAAACAACAAUUAAUAAGUAGUUUUUCAUAUUAUCACGUGAUCUGCAGCACUAUGGGACAGUCAUGAAACUCCUAAGUAAAGGAAUUAUAUAUAAUUUUUUUAAGGAAAUGUUUGUUUUUUUCUUGAGGCUUCGAAUAAGAGAUUAACCCUUUACAAAACAAUUAGAUCAAUUAGAUAAUCGUUAUAAGACAUCAGUUAGGCCAGGUUUACCUAUCCCUUGGUCUGCUGGACCGUUGGGGCACCACACAAGAUCUGUCAACCUUCUUUCUAUAUUUUUCUAUGUCAUUUGUCUUUGAUAGAAUUUCAAUCUGAUAUUCUUUCUAAAAAUAUUGAAACCUGCCUUUUUACCUGCCUGGGUGGACUACUACGGGGGCCGAUUCUGAGUUUGUGUUUCAACACAAACUGUCUUUGUAACCUUUUGUUUAUUUGCAUCGGUAUUUGUAAAUUACGGUUUAGACAAGCAUUUGAUUUUUGUUUUAUUUUGAUAUGCAAUAACACAUAUUUUGUAUUUUUUAAAAAUUCGCCUUCUUAUUAUAUAAACUUUUUUACAUUUGAUUGUGUUGAAGGAAGAACCGCUAGUGGAAAUAGCACUAAGCAAGAAAAGGUGUAGUGAAUUGUUGUUGACCUAACUUGACUGUAUACUAAUGGCGAGCCUUUCACAUUUAUCUCCACCUCGUGCAAUAAUCACGGACAUAUGUGGUAUCUCACCGCGGGGGGGGGGGGGGGGCAUUUUCGUUUCCUUGUUAGCAUCUCCAAGUUUGUCAAAGCCAUUUCCACGGAGGUGCUGACUUUAGCUAGGGUCUUUGUCUUUAUCAGUCAAGAGUGUAAAUUAUGUUAUAAUCAUUUUUUAAACAUAUUUUAGCAAAUUACUUUCUGUUUUCAUUUUUAUGAUUCAAAUUUGUAUACAAUAUUGCUUUAUAAUAAUAUUUCUUUUUUUUUUCGUAUUGUAAUACAUUAAAUAAUAUAUAAUAAUAUAAGUAUUUUAAACUAUAAUUGUACUUUUUGAAAAUAAAUAGAUGUUUGUAUGGAUUGAAUGAGCGGAUGGAGGUAGGAGGGAGUUUAAAACCGAUAUUUUACCAAAAGUUAAAAUGAGGAACACAUUUCAAGACAUUGUUGUACUUAGUAAUAAAUUUCGUAGAAGCACUG